GGAUAUAACUUUGACAACCAUGGAUUUAAAAUUAUUGAAAAUUCAUCUGCUCGACGUAAUAAAUCUUCUUGGGAUGGACAUAAUAUACAAAACCUUGAGUCGCAAGAAGCAAAUAGGAUCUCCUCAGGAAACGAAAUUAGCCAGAUGCUUGUCAACUCUCGACUUAACAGCCCUUGGCAUAGGAUCAACCCUUGGUGUAGGAAUCUAUGUCUUGGCGGGAUCCGUUUCUCGGGAUACCGCUGGACCGGCAGUUAUCAUUUCUUUUGCCGUAGCCGCAAUCGCGUCAGUUUUCGCAGGUCUCUGUUACGCGGAAUUUGGUGCCAGGGUGCCAAGAGCUGGAUCCGCUUACGUUUACAGCUAUGUUGCUGUUGGUGAAUUCAUAGCGUUCCUAAUAGGAUGGACUUUGAUUUUGGAGUACGUGAUUGGAUCUGCCAGUGUGGUGCGUGCACUGAGUACCUACGUCGAUGCCCUUUUCAACGACACUAUGAAGACCACAUUUCAGAGUGCCAUGCCUAUUCAAAUUGACUAUCUCUCCUCAUAUCCGGAUUUUUUCGCCUUUGGAAUAACUCUGGUCUUCUCUGCUGCUCUGGCCUUUGGCGCUAAGGAAUCAUCCCUGGCCAACAACAUUUUCACCUUAAUCAAUUUGUCAGUUGUACUGUUUGUCAUCAUUGCUGGCUCGUUCAAAGCGGAUGCUGCGAACUGGAGAACCGAAGUGGAGUGCACCGAGUCAAGCUGUCCAUGGGGUACCGGAGGUUUUGCUCCAUACGGCAUAUCGGGCAUCAUAACUGGCGCAGCAACCUGCUUCUAUGGUUUCAUAGGAUUUGACUGCGUUGCAACCACAGGGGAAGAGGCAAAAAGUCCGCAGAAAUCCAUACCAAUUGCGAUUGUUGCUUCUCUGACAAUUGUUUUCCUUUCGUACUUCGGCAUAUCGGUAGUUCUGACUAUGGCUCUUCCCUACUACGAUCAGAAUGCCGAUGCUCCGCUGCCCCAUCUCUUUGAGACAAUAGGAUGGAAUUGGGCUAAAUAUGCAGUUUCUGUGGGGGCAAUUUGCGGCCUGUGUGCAAGUUUACUUGGUGCAAUGUUCCCUUUGCCUCGAGUGAUCUACGCUAUGGCCUCAGAUGGUUUGAUUUUCAAGUGGAUGGGGAAAAUCGACUCGCGUUUUCAGACUCCACUUGCUGGAACUCUUUGUACCGGAUUACUGACAGGUGUUCUUGCAGCAAUAUUUGAGCUAAAACAACUGGUUGACAUGAUGAGCAUCGGGACUUUGUUAGCUUAUUCCAUUGUUGCAGCCUGUGUCUUAAUUUUAAGGUACGAGGAGAGCGAGGCUUACGAAAAAAAAGAUGAUCGUACCUUGAAAAGCUUUACAUUUAUCGCAAAGCAAUUUGUCAAUGGUAAUAAGCUGCAUCACUCAACGAGACUGACAGCAAGUCUAGUUACUUGGCUGGUAUUUGCAUACUUUAUACUCUGCGCAUGUACAUCAAUGGUGAUUGUGUUUAUCGGUGAUAAACUCUUGAACAUUGAACCAUGGGCAGUUGCAAUUUUUGUAAUUCUAAUUGCAAGUCUAGUUAGCAUUCUUGUCUCCGUUUAUCUGCAACCAGUAUCUGGGAAAAAGCUUAGUUUUUCUGUACCUCUUGUUCCAUUCUUGCCAGGGCUCAGUAUUUUCAUCAAUAUUUACUUAAUGAUGAUGUUAGAUAACAUGACUUGGGUUCGGUUUGGUGUAUGGAUGGCCAUUGGGCUUGCAGUGUAUUUUUUUUACGGGACUAGACACAGCAAUCUUCGGCAAAAAAGCUAAUCCAGAAGCAACGUCUCGAAAAGCAGUUUGUACAUGGGAGAAUUAUAGAAUACUGUAAACUGUGCUUCAAUGUC